UGAAAAACCACUCGCUGAUGGAGACCGAAUCCGCUGCUGCUGCUGCUGCUGCUGCUGGUGCUCCAGCGACUGCGCCAAAGCGGCGGUUUGAAGGCGGACAACGCGACGCUUGCAAACAGUUUGCUGCGACCAUGGACGCAAAGAACGAUCGCCACGAACGACUCGUCAAGCUGAGCAGAGACCUCACCGUGCAAAGCAAGCGUGUCAUAUUCGCAGCUCAGCGCGCAACCGAAGCCAAGCAACGAGACGCGAUUGUGGCACAGGCACUGCAGACACUAGAGGAUAUCCGCCAGAAUCAAAUCCGGCCAAUGGCGGUCGAUGCUUACUCGAUGCGAUCUCGAUUCGAGAGCAGAUAUGCAAGAGCUUACUCGCCUGGCAUGCAAGAAUACAUUGAAGCAGUCUCGUUCGUCCACUACCUAGCCACUGCCACGUUGAUUACGCAACGGCAACUUGAAGAACAAUUGUUGUUUGAUGAGGCUCUUUCUUUCCCUGUCACAAUCACCGACUACCUCCUUGGCGUGACGGACUUGACGGGCGAGCUUAUGCGCUUUGCGAUUGCUAGCGUAGGCUCUGGCAACCAGCAAGAACCGAUGCUUAUUGGAUCCUUCGUGCGAACCUUGACCCAAGUGUUUUCUUUGCUCACCGGCACUGGAAUCCGGGACUUGCCUGCCAAGCUGCGUGUGAUGCAGUCUAGUUUGGAGAAAAUCGAGCAAGUGUGCUACAACAUUACGGUCCGAGGCUCGGAAAUUCCAAAGGAAAUGCUGGCCCAAGCGGCUCAAUUCUGGUCCUCAUCCUCUGCCACGACGUCUGGUCCCGGCGAUGACUACGCCGGUGGUGCUGGCGGGAAUCAGAACGACGACUGA